AUGAAUGAUAGGUUUUGGAGGAGAAGGAGAAGAGAAUUGAAUCGGAAAAUUGAGAAGAUGGUUAUUGCGGUUAUGGCUGAUGUUCAUGACAGGUGGAGGUGGCUUCUUGAUCCCGCUCACGGCUAUUCAGUGAAGGGAGCUUAUCAAUAUCCAACGUCGGUGGACGAGUCUCCUGAAAGGGAAUUGGUGGAUGAUGUGUGGCUUAAGCAAGUUCCACUUAAGGUGUCGUUGUUUGCUUGGAGACUUUUUCGAAAUAGAUUACCUACCAAAGAUAAUUUGUUACGUCAACAUGUAUUGCACUCAGACAACGUAAAUUGUGUGGGAGGGUGUGGCUCACUUGAGAAUGUCGAGCACCUUUUCCUUGGUUGUGAUUUCUUUGGUCGGGUGUGGACACAGGUGUUACUUUGGCUUGGUUUAUCAUAUGUUGCUCCGGUCGGAUGUAGAGACCAUUAUCUUCAGUUUGGACAUAUGGCGGGUUUACCCCAUUUUUCACAUUCUUUUUUACAGUUAAUUUGGCUCGCUUGUGUAUGGACUACAUGGAAGGAGAGGAACAAUCGCAUUUUUACUCAGAAGGCUACAUCAAUUAGCAUUCUAUCUGACAGAGUGAAAUUACUCUCUUUCCAGUGGCUUAAAGCUAGGUUGCAUUCUUUUGCCUUCAGUUACCAUGACUGGUGGCAACACCCUAUGUCUUGUAUGGGUAUUUUCAUGUAA